AUGGAUCCUCUCUCUCUUGCUGCUAGUGUUGCAGGAUUAGUCUCCCUCGCCGACCUUGUGUUUCGAACAGCCACAAAGUACUGGAAGGAGGUCAAAGACUCGCGCAAAGACGUCGACGAGUUGCUGAGCGAGGUGAAAGGUGUAUCCAUCCUUUUGCACGACUUGAGCCUCGUUGCAUUCAGCCUUGAAAUUGACCCUUCUCAGGAUGGAGGUCGCUCUGAGCGCUCAUCUCACCUGAAGUUGCAUCAUUUGCAUGAAUGCCAGAAAUUGCUGCGGCAGCUUGAACAGAGUCUCAACGAUGCGAAGAAAAAAUUCAACUCGCCAUCCAGCCUUAACCGGCUUCAAAGUCGCUUAAAGUGGCCAUUUUCUUCAGGCGAGAUGAGCCAGAUUGUCCAGUCGAUCCAACGCCAUAAGCAGGCGAUCAACGUCGCUCUGACAGCAGACUCCGUCACUCAGCUCAAAGUCAGCCUAUCUAUCCAAGAGGAUACCAGUACUCGAGUCAAGGAUUUACAAACAACCACAAAAAGAAUCCUGGAGAUCCAGACACGAAUAGUAUUGGAUGACAAGAAACGCCGCGUUUUGGAUUUCUUUACCAAAUGCAAUCCCCAAUCAGAGUUUGAGAUGAGCAAGAAGCUGCGUCAUCCUCUGACAGGCCUUUGGCUCACUGAGGGUGCUGAUUUUCAGGAAUGGUUUUCUACCCAGAAAUCCAGGAUUUGGUUGACUGGUAUUCCUGGAGGUGGAAAGUCAGUGCUUGCAGGUGCAAUCAUUACCGAAUGCCUGACUCGAACCCAGGCAACUCCAGGUGUCGCUGUGGCAUACUUCUUUUGCACUUACAGAGACAAAAACACACACAAGCCUUCCAACAUCCUGUCAUCUAUAGCUGUGCAACUGGCUCGCCAAGAUGAAACCGCGUAUCAAGUUCUGGAACAGGCCUACGACGACCUAGAGUCGAGCCAUUUCCUCUCUAGAGAACCGACAGAGGAUAUGUUAGUGGAGACAUUGGACAAAAUGUGCGCAUUGUUUAACCAAGUUUACUUGGUUGUUGAUGGACUCGAUGAGUGUGGAGUUCAAGUCGAAAAUACAAUCCGGAAGUUGUUGUCUCUUGUCAACCAAAAUGACAGUCAGAUAAUCAACACAGCAUUCCUGAGCCGAGACGAGCUUCCAAUCCGAGAGAAGCUGGAAUUUACAUUUGAUUAUGUUGAAAUUGAGGCUCAUACCGAGGAUCUUCAGCUAUAUGUCGCCGCCGAACUUGAAGAACGGAUCAGCUCAAAGAGACUGAGACUCCGCGACAUAACGCUCAAAGAUCGAAUAAUGGCACAGCUCGUUAGUGGAGCCAAGGGAAUGUUCCGAUGGGUUGCGUGUCAGCUAGACCAUAUUUGUGAACUCCCAACCGACAAAGCACGACGUAAUGCACUAGACAGACUACCACCAACGCUUCCCGCCACAUACGAGCGUAUUCUCUUGAGGGUGGAGGCAUGUGCCGAGGAAGUAAGAGUGCUGGUGCAGAGGUGUCUCCUGCUCCUAGCUUCUUCACAGAACCUGAGCACCCGAGCGAUAUGCGAAGCAGUGUCUAUUUCACAUGAUUGUGACACUCUCGACGACGAUGACAUCAUAGACGAAAAUGAGAUCUUGCGAUGGUGCGGCAGUCUUGUGCGAAAGUCUAGCGGUGGCCACAGGAUCGAAUUCGCGCAUUUCACUGUGAAGGAGUUCCUUCAAGACAGUUGUUCCAAAGACCUCACACUGAGUUUCUAUGCUGUCUCCGACGAGAAGAUUUACAAACUCCUCAGCUCUAUUUGUUUACGUUACAUGACUCUUGAGGAUUAUGACCACCUACCUGAGGCAACUGAGAACGAAAUCCGAAACAUCCUGGCAAGGGAGAAAUCGCGCCCAUUCUACAGGCAUGCCGCAAAGUUCUGGCCACGUUAUGUUCGCCGACAAUCCACCGAAUGUGAGGGGGCUACGCUUCAAUACCUCUUCGACUUAUUCCAGACACAUAAGACAAAGAAGUUUUGUUUGUGGGCGAUAGAGUUCAUACGCCACACUACCUUUUGGCGCAGUCGAGAUUUUGGACGUAAUCCCAAAAUAGCGAUUUGGGUUAUUUCUUCUGUUCUAAGGCCAGACUUUACUCCUCUUCAUAUGGCAGCCGCUUUGGGACUUCCCGAUCUCUGCACUCACUUAUUGGAACGAGGCGCCAAGAUGAAUUUGAGAGGUGAAUUUGGCACCCCACUGCACUGCGCCAUUAGCUAUGCUUUCAUGUUCUCUAAUGAGAAGACGUAUGAUAAGAAGUAUGGUGAUUGCGAUAUAUUGGGGAUCGCAUUUCUAUACCAUGGGGAUCCAAACCCAUCGCGACGACGAACAGUCCAGGUACUCUUGAGUGCUGGGGCAAAUGUCAACUUGCAACUACCGGCGCGUUUCCAGAGCUUAACCACUCUGUCCCUAUCGGUCCUCUCGUCUACGUAUGGAGAGGACCCUGAGGUUGUUGCUGAUCUCAUCAGUGCCGAAAUUGGCGUUGAGGAAGAAGACUUAGAGCAUUUUUCCCUAUACUACACUUAUUCGAAAAAUAGACUCAUGGGGGAUGGCAAGCCCAAGUUCAAUGAUGGUCAAGCAAUCGCACACCUUCUCCAGGGUCUUGGAAACCACCAGGGAAUGAAUACUUCUCGGUCACGAUUAUACGAUAUGACUCUGGAUUUCAGCAAGUCCAUGGGACUAGACCCAAGAUGCUUGGAUGUUCCCAGUAAUGAUGCCACAGAUAACGAAGUUCGCGCAUUCCUGGAUACGGUAAUCAGAAGUAACGAUGUGCUGAAACUAGAACAAUUCGUCCAAGAUGGUAGAUCAGAGCUAUUGAAACGACUCAAGCUCGAUUCCAUAUGGGCACCAAUUCACUUAGCCAUCUUUCGCGGAUCUCUGGAUGUCCUAACCACCUUGAUGGAAGUAGGAUGCGAUCCGAACGAUGUCGGUUAUGGAGGUCAAACACCCGUACAGCUUUGCUGCAGCAAUAAGGAUGAGGACGUCCUGCGAGUUCUCUUGAAACAUGGCGGCUCCACUGUAUUGCCAGACAAGAAUAAUGAAACAAUAUGGCAUACAGCAUCGGCAAAUAACUCAUGCCGGAUAAUCAAAGUUCUUGUUGAACAGGACGAAAGAGAUCAAGGGUUACAAAUGGAGUCAGACGAACAUGGAACCCCAAUCUGCACUGCAAUUGCUCACGAACAAGAAGAGGCUGCUCUUCUUCUUCUGCCACAUUGUAACACGAAGGAAUUUUGGAAAAGCAAAAAGCCAAUAUAUCGGCAAGCAGCAGAGCUAGGCUCUACAACUGUCCUGAAGAAACUACUGGACAUCGGUAUCGAUUUGGACAGAUUUGAUGACAAGAUGGGAAAUCCUUUGCAUUUUCUUGCAGCUGAGUCAAGUUCUGAAUUUGUCAGGCUUCUCAAAGAAGUCUUCUCCAUCGACCAGCGACGUCGAGAUGAUUCGAGAACCCCAUUCGAGUUGACCACACUUCGGGCAAUUGAGACAGAAGCUGUGCCAUCCCCUGAUGCACUGACCGCGCUGUUACCCGAAACCCUUACGCCGGCAUACGCAAGCACAAUCUGGAAAUUUUUAUGUUGCGAUGCCAUUUCAAGCACUCUAGAUGCCAAUACCGUACCAACCUGGCUCAGUCACCUGUUUUCAGCUCUCAUCGAACAGGGUAUUAUUAACUCAUGGGAGGAGGGCACAAAUACGACAGCAAUGGCUCCAUUCGCUUCCAAUCUCGUUGACCAUGGUUUUAAAAGGGGUUCGUUGGUUGAAGCAUUGCGGCAACAAAAUGGGUUCGCACGAGAAGAUGGGUCCACACAAAAAGACGCGAUCGCCUUGGACCGCCUUGACUCCUGGGAAUUGAUCUCUGGGAUUUUGAUGCAAAUUGCAAAGAAGUCAAAACUUAAUGAAGAAGCAUUGAGUGAGCCCAACAUGAAUCAACUGCUAAGUCUAUCUAUCAUUCAUGAUGAUGGUGAAAUGAUAGAAUUCUUGGUGAGAAAUGGUGUCGACAUUCACUCAAAGGUUGACCAUGUAUCACCUUUUGAACUUGCCUGCUUUGCUUGCAUAGAGCUGAGUGAUGAGAAUUUCGACUUUCUCGUAACAAACUCCACAGCGGAUCACAUUUCUCGGGGCAAUGAAGCUCUCGGUGGCCAUGGCCCUCUUCACUUCACUGCAGGCAGUCUGCGUGUCAAAGGCUCCGUAUCGAAAUUGAACCGAUUGCUCCAAUUCAAUGCCGAUUGCAAUCUACCGAUAGAUGAUACUUGGGGUAGUCCACUCGUGUAUCAUAUUGCCUGUCAGUCCGUCGAUACGGCGAGGAUGCUUCUCGACGCUGGCGCUGACCCAUGGCUUGCAACGUCGUUUGGAGCCAACGCACCGCUGAUGGCAAUUUCCAGGAACUGCCCUGGUCUCUUGGAGAUCAUUGUAAAACUUCCCCAAGAAGAGGUCUCUUCUCGGCACUGGAUACAUCAAUGGAGUCAAUGUUCUAAUCGAGAACCUGCCCUUCACGCUGCAGCUUCCGCAGGGUCGGUUGAAAUGACCAAAUCACUCCUACGUGCGGGCGCUUCUUCCAACAUUGUGGAUAUGUUCGGCUACACCCCUCUCAUGUUUGCUUGUGUUGGAAGACGCUGGGAAGUUGCUCAAGUGCUCAUUAACAAUGGUGCAUCAGUCACGACCCGCGAUGUAAUUGGACAAGAUAGCUUGUCUCAAAUUACCAUUUACAAAGGAAAUCUUGCCAGCUUGCAAGUCUUCGAUCUACUUCUUGAUGCGGGGGUGGAUAUACACCGGGUAGACACAUCCGGGUUGUCUACUACGAACUACUUACUCUCAAAUGAGUCUCAACUUUACCUUCGGUCAUUGCUCAACCGAGAUGUCAACUUAUUACAGCCCAUGCGGGUUCAAUGGCCCGACUCCUGUUGGAUCGUUGCAUCCCAAUCGCCACCUGCCCGCCUCAUCGCAAUAACAAAGAGUUUGAGACUUCUUAGUCGCUACCUCAGCACGGAAGAGUUAAUGCAUCUUGGCGAUCUCCGAACGCCAUGGAAACACAACUUACUAUGCCAGGCUGCCUGCCGAGGGUUGGUCGAAGCGAUCCAGAACUUCCUUGCGAUUGGAGCCGAUAUUGAACAACGAUGUCAUGAUCACGGCACUGCACUGGACGCUGCCAUGUUGAAUGGACGGCUUGAAGCGAUCAAAGUCCUCGUCCGUGCUGGCGCCAGGAUUCCCUCCACGGUUGGUGGACUACUUGACAGACUAUCCAAGCAGAAACGCCAGGUCCCUAAAACGUGCGAGUCGAUUCUGUAUUGGCUCUCUGUGGUGCGCUACCUGGAACAGCCAAAGCUCGCGUAUGAGGCUUUUGAUCGAGGGACGGCAGAUAUCAAGAAUUGGACAGGGGUACGUACUGGGGAAGUGGUUCUAAAGUGGCAAUGGCAGAAAGGUCGACAGGAGUGUUUGCUGGAGUAUGCGAAGAGACGACGGGAAAUAGCAUGUGGACUAAGGGGGAAAGUCGUUGAAGUAAUCGGGUUGCGGUAG